AUGGCAGGAGCAGCAGCAAAGAAGCAGGCGGUGUCAAACAACAAGAUACUAAGGGAUCUACACACCAGCUCGUUGGUUGUGAAUUUGUUCUCGGUCUUCCUCAUGGUGGUAUUCAAUCGACCAAAUCUUUCGAAAUUUAAGUACUACCUCAUGUUCAACAUCCCAUUGAUAAGCAGCGAAUAUAUGAUUGAGAAGUAUGGCCGACCCAAGUACAAGGAGAAUGGAGCAAUUGCUCGCGAGGGCAUUGAUCUCAGGCAGGAGGGGCUCACCGAGUACAUGUUCGACGUGAUGUACUUGACACUCUUUUGCGAUGUGAUGGUGGGCGUUGUGGGUAGUUUGAAGGUGUUCUAUCUCUUGGUGGUGGUGCCUGUGUUUAUGGUGUAUAAGGUGGCGGGUUUGGUGGGUCUCUGGCGUCAGGCACGCGGAAACCAGCUCGGCGGUGCUGAUUCUAACGGCGCCCAGUCUGGCGGCACCGGCAGCAGCGAGGGUCGCUCCAAACGGCUGGUAAAGAUGGAGGCCCGGCAGCAAAAGGGCCGAGGCAAAACACAGCGCGUCCGCAGUUAG